AUGGAGCUCCUGCCACUGCUGCUGGUGCUGCUGGCUGUGACCCCAGCCACUGGCAUCCCCCUGCGCUGGUCAGACCUUAACAGUGCCCUUAGGGAGAUUGAACUGAACAUGGCCCCCAACUCCUUCGAUGACCGGUACUUGCGCUGCCGCGGCAAAAUGGCGAAGGCGCUGAGGGCACUCAACCGCACUGAGUUUGCCACCAACAAUGACUACGCUGAGGCCUGGGGCAAGGCCACCGUCAAAUGGCACAGCCGCAAGUUUGUGGGGUCCCAGCUGCGGCCGGAACAGGCCAUUGCCCUCAUGGCGUACUCGAUGGAGGAGGGCCUGUAUGCGGAGUUCAACAAGGCCGUGCGCAGCGCCGGGCGCUCCCGCCAAGAAUACCUGCGCAACUUCCCCUUCAAGGUGGUGCAUUUCCUCCUGAAUGAGGCCCUGGAAGUCCUGCGGAAUGAGGAGACCCACCCCCGCUGCCUCCAGGUGUACCGGGGUAUUGAAGGUAUCCGUUUCACCACUGAGCGUGGCCGGAUCAUUCGCUUUGGCCAGUUUGCCUCCAGCUCCCUGCUGAGAAACGUCAGUGACUCCUAUGGCACUGACACAACAUUUGAGGUGUACACCUGCCAUGGCGCCAACAUCCGAAACUUCUCCAACUACCCUGAGGAGGAGGAAGUUCUCAUCCCGCCCUUUGAGACCUUUAACGUCACCAGUAUCACCCACCAAGGGGCCAAAACCCACAUCCAGCUCCACUCCCACGGCGUGUACAGCAAAUUCAACUGCGCGUGGCUCCGAGGCAGCAGCAUCCACAGGGAACCCCCAAGCCUCACUGGGCUCCUCCUGGCAGCCCUGGCCCUGGCAGUGGCCACUGGCACCCCCUGA